GUCCGGAUCUCCGACCGAGUCUGCAUUCCGCGAAGCUGCCUGCUUGAGAUGCGGGGGGAGGUAACCGGUCAGGACAGGCUCCAGGCCCAGGGGCCAAAGGGCCGAGGCCUGGGGGGUGGGGGGGCGUGUGACCUCCCGGGGUCGCAAGAGUCGAGGCACCACUGCGGACCGCGCCCGACCGGCAGGCACCCCCCCAUCCCCCGCCCCAGAAUCACCCCCGCUUUUCAUUCUCCUUAGCGACCCUCGCCUGCAGCACCACCCUCCCCGCCCGGCCAAGCUUGAGUUUUCCUCCGGGGCGGCGAAUCUGUCUUCCAAAACUUCGGAACGACAGUCCCCCCAGGAGUGAUGGGGAGGUGAAAUAACUCAGGGCUAGGGCGCAGUCCUACGGGAGAUAGGCCUUUUUAUUUCUGUCUUGUUUUCCCUCAUGGCUUUAAAGAAACGACUUGCUUCCCGGGAUGCUCUCCAAGUCACCCCCUCCAACAGCGAGUCUAUUGGUUUGGCCCGCAGACUCGGAUUGGCUGAAGGGUUACGCCUCGGCCAGGGAUUGGAGAACGUUGGUCCCCUACGUAUUCCCGGCGCCCAUUGGUUCAUGUUCCCCGUUUCGGGGCGGAGUGGUUAGGGACGGUUUCCACCCUCUUGUUUACGGAGCGCGUAGUUGUAGCGCUCUCGGAGCGCGGGGGCUGUCUCCAAAGUUCCCUAUUUAGCUCCUCGGACCAAUUGGGUCCUUGCUCCACCUUCUCCCGCUCCCUCGCAUGCCUCCCGCGUGGUACGGCCCACAUCGUUAGCGCGGCGGCGCGAGCGGACGCUCGUCGCGUUCCUCCGCCCGCGCUCGCCGGGCUCUACCCCCCGGAGGGUGCGCUUGGUACGGCCCGCACCGCCUCCUUCUCUAGCUGGGGUGAUCGCCCCCCCCCCUUCGGGUCGGCGGCGCUUGGUGCCGCCCGGGAGAACCAGGUCAUCUGUCGGUUCGCGUGAAAACAAAAACAAUCGGCGGCGCCGCGGCGGGCAGGCGAACGCGGCGAACGGGGAGCGGGGGGCGCGAGGCCGGGUGGGACCUGCGAGCGGGAGCCGCGGCGACGCGCCGGGGCCGGGGCGCCAUGGGGCGGGCGGGCGCGGGCUUCGCGGGGCUCCCCCGGCUCCGGGGCUAGCGCGUCCGCCGCCUCGGCCGCCCGCGCCGCCCGCCUGGGGGACGAGGAGCAGGACGCGGCCUCGGCCGGGCCCGGGCCGAACGGCUGCGGACACCCGGGCGCCGGGGAGCCGAACGCCGCCGCCGCCGCCUCCGGGAUGGAUCAGUGCGUGACGGUGGAGCGCGAGCUGGAGAAGGUGCUGCACAAGUUCUCGGGCUACGGGCAGCUGUGCGAGCGCGGCCUGGAGGAGCUCAUCGACUACACCGGCGGCCUCAAGCACGAGAUCCUGCAGAGCCACGGUCAAGAUGCUGAAUUAUCAGGGACACUUUCACUUGUUUUGACACAGUGCUGUAAGAGAAUAAAGGACACUGUUCAGAAAUUGGCCUCAGACCACAAAGACAUCCACAGCAGUGUUUCUCGGGUUGGAAAAGCCAUUGAUAAGAAUUUUGAUUCUGACAUUAGCAGUGUGGGAAUAGACGGCUGCUGGCAGGCAGACAGCCAGAGGCUUCUCAAUGAGGUGAUGGUGGAGCACUUCUUUCGACAGGGGAUGCUGGAUGUCGCCGAGGAGCUCUGCCAGGAAUCUGGUCUUUCUGUAGACCCAAGCCAGAAAGAACCAUUUGUGGAGUUAAAUCGAAUAUUAGAAGCGUUAAAAGUCCGAGUUCUGAGACCUGCUCUGGAAUGGGCAGUAUCAAACCGAGAAAUGCUCAUAGCCCAAAACAGCUCCUUGGAAUUUAAGCUGCACAGACUGUAUUUUAUUAGCUUGUUAAUGGGCGGAACCACAAAUCAACGAGAAGCAUUACAAUACGCGAAAAAUUUUCAGCCAUUCGCCCUAAAUCAUCAAAAAGACAUUCAGGUUUUGAUGGGAAGCCUCGUGUACCUGAGACAAGGGAUUGAGAACUCACCGUAUGUUCACCUACUUGACGCAAACCAAUGGGCUGACAUCUGUGACAUCUUUACACGGGAUGCCUGUGCCCUCCUGGGGCUCUCUGUGGAGUCCCCACUCAGUGUCAGUUUCUCAGCAGGUUGCGUGGCGCUGCCAGCUUUAAUUAACAUCAAAGCUGUGAUUGAACAGAGGCAGUGCACGGGAGUGUGGAACCAGAAAGAUGAGUUACCUAUCGAAGUGGACCUUGGUAAAAAGUGCUGGUAUCACUCAAUAUUUGCCUGUCCUAUUCUUCGUCAGCAAACAACAGAUAACAAUCCACCCAUGAAAUUGGUCUGUGGUCAUAUUAUAUCAAGAGAUGCCCUGAAUAAAAUGUUUAAUGGUAGCAAAUUAAAAUGUCCAUAUUGUCCAAUGGAACAGAGUCCAGGGGAUGCCAAACAGAUAUUUUUCUGAAGAAAUAACUUUAGUUUGCAAUUUGUAAGCGGAGCUGAACCGAGAGCGCAUUUCAGAAGAGACCGUUCCAUUUAAUGCAGCUAACCAAGGACUCCCGUGUUUGUAUAAGCUACCGCUCCAGAAACUUUGCCCACAUUCUAGUGCGCACACCGGGGCGUGCUCCCGAUGGAUGUUACCGCAGGGCUUUAUCAUAUUCUUGGUCUUCACUUCUGAUCAAGUAAAUACACCAGCAGUUGUCAUUCAGUGCAGGUUUUUGUACUUAAUUAUAUGGUGAUUUUUUUACUUUUUAAGAGCAGAAACAGAGAUUUACCUUCCCGCCAUGUGUUUAACAUUUCUCCUUGCUUUUACUUUUGUCAUUCUCCUGAUAACUGUAAGCCUUGAGAAUGUUUGUGGAAAAGUUUUAUUUCCUGUGACAUACACAGAAUUACAUGAAAAUUCUUCAGAAAAA